AUGACAACUCCUACGGUACCAGGUUCGGUGGGCAACCAGCAGCCGCAGAGCAUGACCGAGGCCAUUAUGCAGAUUUUGUCCAACCAGCAAAGUCUCAUGACGAAAAUGUCAGAACAAUUGGUCUCCACUCAGCAGACGAUCCAAAGUCUGUCACGUGACGAAGUCGUCUUGGAUUCGCUUUCCAGUAAUAUGGCCGAGUUCACGUACGACAAAGAAGGCGGACAUACUUUCGAUGCUUGGUUUUCGCGAUACAUCGAUCUUUUUGAUCGCGAUGCUUCCAAGCUAGACGACGCAGCAAAAGUACGACUCCUUCUGAGGAAGUUGAGUCCCCCCGACCAUGAGCGGUAUAGCAGUUUCAUACUACCCAAGCUCGCUCGGGAUUUUUCAUUCGCGGAGACGAUGGAAAAGCUGAAAUCUUUGUUUGGAGCCUCUAUCUCUUCGUUCCGGAGGCGCUACAAUUGCCUGCAGACUUCAAAAGAGGAGAGUGAAGAUUAUUUGGCAUAUUCCUGCCGUGUGAAUAAAGCUUGUGUUGAUUUCAAGCUAACCGAAUUACAAGAAGAACAAUUCAAGUGUCUUAUUUUUGUGUGUGGCUUGAAAUCAACCGUUGACACUGAGAUCCGUAUGAGGCUUAUUAAUAAACUGAACGAAAAUGUAAACUUAACGUUACAACAAGUUGUCGAACAGUGCAACAGCCUAGUGAACCUCAGACAAGAUACGGUCUUAGUGGAAACGGCUCCAGCAGUGAAAGUGGUGGCCCAGAAAAAGUGGCCGAAAAAGCAAAACCAGCACCCGAAGAACAACAAUAAUGUGCAUCCAAGAACUCCGUGCUGGUCUUGCGGGGGCAUGCACUAUCACAAAGACUGUCGCUUUCGUGAGCACAAGUGCAAACAGUGUGGAAAAAUGGGACACCGCGAAGGAUAUUACACAGGCUCGGACAUCUCAAUCAUCUCCCACCGAUCCUGGAUCAAAAUUGGCCGUCCGAAGAUCCAGCAAGCAGAUUGCAGUGCCAAAACAGCGUCCGGAGAGGAGCUCAAUCUGGUAUCACAGAUCCAGUGCCAGAUCACAGUCAACGGAACCACCAAGGGCGGUCGGUGUUACAUCGCUCCGUCUAACGUCAACCUCGAUAUUUUCGGCAUCGACUGGCUUGACUUGUUUGGGUUGUGGGACAAUCCGAUCAGCACUCUCUGCAACAAGGUCGACGUUCAGCCAUCUCAGAGCUUGGCUACCCUGCGAACACGGUUCCCUAACGUUUUCACGGACAAGAUGGGCCUGUGCAACAAAUCUCCAGUCCAUCUAGUGCUCAAGGGUGAUCCAAAGCCGGUAUUCCGACCGAAACGCCCGGUCGCUUAUAGUAUGGAGAGUGUCGUCGAAGAGGAACUCCAUCGGCUCGAGAAAUUGGGAAUCAUCAAGCACGUCGAUUUUUCCGAUUGGGCAGCACCAAUUGUCGCCGUACGGAAGCCGAAUGGAACCGUGCGGAUCUGCGCGGAUUUCUCGACCGGCCUCAACAGCGUUCUCGAACCGAAUCACUACCCGUUGCCUCUUCCGGACGACAUUUUUGCGAGAAUGGUUGGCUGUCGGAUUUUCAGCCACAUCGACUUAUCCGACGCUUACCUGCAGGUUCCGGUGGACGAGGCAAGCCAACAGCUACUCACCAUCAACACGCACAAGGGCUUAUUCCGGUACACAAGGCUCUCGCCAGGCAUCCGGUCCGCCCCUGGUGCCUUUCAGCAGCUGGUUGAGACAAUGCUAGCAGGCCUAGCAUCUACAUCCGGGUACCUCGACGACAUUCUGGUGGGUGGCAGGAACGAGGAAGAACAUCAGCGCAACCUGUUCUUGUUCCUACAGCGAUUGGAAGAAUUCGGGUUUACCGUCCGAAUCGAGAAGUGCAGUUUUUACAUGCCACAGGUUAAGUACUUGGGCCAAAUUCUUGACGGCAACGGUAUCCGGCCUGACCCAGCAAAAAUCGCUCCCAUCGUCAACAUGCCACCCCCGCACGACGUUCCAUCGCUGCGCUCCUAUUUGGGUGCGGUAAAUUAUUAUGGGAAAUAUGUGAAGGAGAUGCGUGCCCUACGGUACCCCAUGGACCAACUGCUCAAAACUGGUGUCAAGUUCGAAUGGUCCAAAGCUUGCCAAACCUCCUUCGACAAGUUUCGGGAAGUUCUGCAGUCACCCUUGCUUCUGACACAUUUCAAUCCGAAGCUAGACAUAAUUGUGUCCGCCGACGCCUCCAAUGUUGGCAUUGGCGCUCGCAUCGCUCAUCGCUUCCCUGACGGCAACGUUAAGGCAAUUUGUCACGUUUCUCGUGGCCUCACCCCGGCCGAAAGCAAUUAUAGCCAAAUUGAAAAGGAGGGCCUGGCUUUAAUUUUCGCGGUCACACGGUUCCACCGGAUGAUUUACGGUCGUCGCUUCAUCCUGGAAACCGAUCAUAAGCCGCUCCUUUCCAUCUUCGGAUCCAAGCAAGGCAUCCCCGUCUACACAGCUAACCGGCUACAAAGAUGGGCCUUGACUUUAUUACUCUACGAUUUUGAAAUACGCUAUGUGUCAACAGAUUCCUUCGGCCACGCCGACAUAUUAUCACGGCUUAUCAAUCGACACGUCCGGCCAGAAGAGGAAUAUGUUAUUGCAAGCCUUGAGCUCGAACAAAUGGUAAGAACUGUUGUCCAUCAAUCGCUUUCGAAUUUCCCACUUUCGUUUAAGGUGAUCCAAUCUGAAACUGGAAAAGACAACACUCUUCAGCAAGUCAUUCGGUUCAUCCAGUCCGGAUGGCCCCCGAAACAAUCAAGUAUCUCCGACGGAAAACUUCAACAGUUUUUCCAGCGACGUGAAGGUCUCUCUGUCGUCGCUGGUUGUGUGAUGUAUGGAGAACGACUGACCAUCCCGACCGGAAACCAAAAACGAGUGCUGCAACAGUUACAUAAAGGGCAUCCGGGGAUCGAGCGAAUGCGCUCCGUGGCUCGCCAAUAUGUCUAUUGGCCAAACAUCGACGAAGACAUCGCCAAACUCGUUCGGGCAUGCCAUGAGUGCGCUAGUGUUGCCAAAACAGACCGGAAAACCGACCUCGAAUCCUGGCCAACUCCGGAAAAGCCAUGGCAGAGGCUUCAUCUCGAUUGCGCUGGUCCAGUUGACGGGUACUACUACCUCGUACUUGUCGACUCUUACUCGAAGUGGCCAGAAAUCGUUCGUACCAAGGAAAUUACCACAACAGCUACACUGCGGAUGCUCCGCGGAAUUUUCGCCAGAUUUGGGGUCCCGGAAACGCUUGUGUCCGAUAACGGCACACAAUUUACCAGCUAUCAGUUUGAGCGUUUUUGUGACACAAAUGCCAUUAUGCACCUAAAGACCGCACCGUUUCAUCCACAGUCAAACGGCCUUGCCGAGAGAUUCGUAGACACUUUUAAAAGAUCUCUCAAGAAAAUUAUCGCCGGGGGAGAGGCACUAGACGAAGCAAUUGACACGUUUUUAUUGUGCUAUCGUUCAACACCAUGCAGGAGUGCACCGAGUGGGAAAUCGCCUGGAGAACUUCUACUGGGCCGACCAAUGCGAACCAGCCUGGAUUUGCUUCGACCACCGUCCGAGGUCCACAAAGAAGGAACAACCAGCCAAGAAGAUCAGUUCAACAAAGAACAUGGUACCAAAGCGAGGAACUACAGCAUCCAAAGUCUCGUUUGGGCCAAGGUGUACCGCAACAACGAUUGGACCUGGGAAGCCGGUGUCGUCCUGGAACGCUUGGGGAAAGUCAUGUAUAACGUGUGGCUUCUCUCUAAGAAAUCUCUUAUUCGUUCUCACUGCAACCAAAUGAGAACCCGACAUGAUUCCGAAGAUGAUCAACAAUCAACAACAACACCUGUAGCUCCUCAAGUUCCGCUGAGUAUUCUCCUAGACAGUUGGGGCUUGAGUGAGCCAGCACCGGAAACGGGGGUAGAGCCUACAGGGCUAGGACAACGCCAGACAGAUACGCAGCCGCAGGCUCCCCGCCGACGUACACCAAUACAUCCAGCACCACCGGUUCCUACUCGCACAUCUUCGCGGGUUCGAAGACCACCUGUGAGAUAUGAGCCGUACCAGCUUUUCUAA